AUGGAACCGGAGCAGCAGCAGUCGGAACGGGAAACGGUGACGCCAACGUCAGCGCCAACCAUUAGCGAUGAGUGGCCCCAAAAGAACGGUGGACCGGAAGUCGCCAGUCCGCCGACCGGGAAUGGUUUGGAACCGGCGCUGGUCGCUCCUCCAACAACCAUCAGCAGCAACGGCAACGGGUGUUGCACGGUGCCAACGUUAGCCUCCCCGAUGCCACCGGCAGGACCCGGGGCCGAGAACGGUGAGAACGCUAAUUGUGCCCUAAUGCGAAGCAAUUCGCGGCCACUGGGCGCCUCGGAAGACGCCAACCUGCUGUCACCGAACACGUCCCGCUCGAGCAUCUCGCAGUCCCAGUCCCCGACCCAUCUGUCCCCGUUUCGCCACAAAGCCGACUCGCUCUGCUCGCAGGAGGAGCUGGACGAGAUCGGCACCUUCUUCGAGGAGCACUCGGUCGCCAUCGAGCGCUGGUUCCGGGAGCGGGCGCCGACCGAUGUCGUCGCCAAACUGCAGUCAAUUACCACCGAUACGUCGAAGUCACCGAAAUCGCCCCACCGGGCGUCGGUCACCUCGGAUCUGUUCCAGCAGUGGCUCGCCUCAUCUCCGGUUAAGAAAUGUCGUUCACCGACGUCGCGAAGUUCGAUAUCGAACCGCAGCCAUCUGGCGGACCUGGACGAAGGCGAACUGUUCAUGGAGCUGAUCCGGGACGUGGCCAACGAGCUCGACAUCGACGUGCUGUGCCACAAGAUCCUGGUCAACGUGGGGCUGCUUACGCACGCCGACCGGGGCUCGCUGUUUCUGGCCAAUGGACCGCCGUCCAGCAAGUAUCUGGUGGCCAAGCUGUUUGACGUUACGCAGAACACCCCCCUCGACGAGGCGGUACGGAGGGCGAAGCAGGACGAAAUCAUUAUUCCGUUCGGGGUCGGCAUCGCGGGCACGGUGGCCCAGACGAACGAAACCAUCAACAUCAAGGAAGCGUACAAGGAUCCGCGCUUCAACAGUGAAAUCGACCAGAAGACGGGCUACAAAACGAACAUCAUCCUGUCGAUGCCCAUCUGCAACUACGAGGGUCAGGUGAUUGGCGUGGCGCAGAUCAUUAAUAAAACCAACGGUUCGCCCGAGUUUACCGAGCGCGACGUGGAGAUUUUCCGGCGCUACCUCACGUUCUGCGGCAUCGGGAUCCAGAACGCGCAGCUGUUCGAGAUGUCCGUCCAGGAGUACCGCCGCAACCAGAUACUGCUCAAUCUCGCGCGCAACAUCUUCUCCGAGCAGAACAACCUGGAGUGUCUGGUGACGAAGAUUAUGACCGAGGCGCGCGAACUGCUGAAGUGCGAACGGUGCGCCGUCUUUCUGCUCGACCUCGACUGCGGGGAAGCGAACCAUCUCGAGCGGAUAUUGGAACGGCCGGAGAAGACUCAUCAGACGCUAUCGCGCCGCACGAGCCACAACGUCGACGUGGAGGAGAUGCUCCAGCGGCAGCAGAACUCCACCUCGACGCGGUUUACGAUGAUUUUCGAGCUCGGUGGCAGCCACCAGUCGGCGGCCAACAUAGUGCGCCCGUCGGAGAGCGACCUGAACAGCUCGAUGUUGGCCCAGAUCGCCGAGUACGUGGCGGCCACGGGCGAAACGCUCAACAUCAGCGACGUGGUCGAGUGGCUCAAGGAUAAGCCCAUCUACCAGCCGGCGGUGGUCGCGCAACCGGCCGUGACGGAUGGCACGGUGGCCACCACGUCGUCGACCGCGUUCGACGAAACGCACAGCGUCCAGUCGAUCCUGUGCAUGCCGAUCAUCAACGGCCAGAAGACCGUCAUCGGUGUCGCUCAAUUAAUCAAUAAGCAAAAUGAUCUACAAUUUACCAACUGUGAUAUCUCCAUCUUCGAGGCGUUCGCCAUCUUCUGCGGUCUCGGCAUCCACAACACACAGAUGUACGAGAGCGCCUGCAAGCUGAUGGCCAAGCAGAAGGUGGCGCUGGAGUGUCUGUCGUACCACGCGACCGCCAGCCAGGACCAAACGGUCAAGCUGGCCAACGACCAGAUCCAGUCGGCCGAGGAGUACAAGUUGUACAGCUUCAAGUUCAUCGAUUUCGACCUCGACGACGAUGACACAUGCCGGGCCGCGGUGCGGAUGUUCCUGCAGUGCAAUCUGGUCCAGCAGUUCCACAUUCCCUACGACGUCCUGUGCCGCUGGAUACUGAGCGUCCGGAAGAACUACCGGCCGGUGAAGUAUCACAACUGGCGCCACGCGCUGAACGUGGCCCAGACGAUGUUUGCGAUGAUGAAAACCGGCAAAAUGGAGCGCUUCAUGACGGAUCUGGAGAUUCUGGGCCUGCUGGUGGCCUGUCUGUGCCACGAUCUCGACCACCGGGGCACCAACAACGCGUUCCAGUCGAAAACGGACAGCCCGCUGGCCAUCCUCUACACGACCAGCACGAUGGAGCACCACCAUUUCGAUCAGUGCGUGAUGAUACUGAACUCCGAGGGAAACAACAUCUUCCAGGCCCUGUCGCCGGAGGACUUCCGCAUGGUGAUGAAGGUCGUCGAAACCGCGAUCCUGUCGACGGAUCUGGCCAUGUACUUCAAGAAGCGGAACCAGUUCCUCGAGCUCAUCGAAAACGGCGAGUUCGACUGGCAGAGCGAGGAGAAGAAGGAGAUCCUGUGCGGAAUGAUGAUGACGGCGUGCGAUGUGAGCGCCAUCGCGAAACCGUGGGAGGUACAGCACCGGGUGGCCAAAUUAGUGGCGGACGAGUUUUUCGAUCAGGGCGAUUUGGAGAAACUGCAACUGAACCAGCAACCCGUGGCGAUGAUGGAUCGCGAGCGUAAGGACGAGCUGCCGAAGAUGCAGGUUGGGUUCAUUGACGUCAUCUGCCUGCCGCUGUACAAGGUGCUGACGGAAGCGUUUCCCUGGAUUGGCCCCCUGUACGAGGGAACGAUGGACAACCGGCAGCACUGGCACGAUCUGGCCGAGAAGGUUGAGAUGGGACUGACCUGGAUCGAUCACGACACGAUUGAUAAGCCGGUGGAAGAGUUUGCCGCCGGCAAGGAGCCACUGGCCGACAUCGAGUUCACCGUAACGACGCUCAACUGUGCGCACACGGACGAGAAGACGGAAACGACGCCGGUGCACGAGCGAAAGCCGCGCUUCAGCAGCCUCCGGAAGACGGGCGCCCUCGGGAAGGCCGUCCGCAAUAAGCUGUCGAAGUCGGUCCACCACAACUCGACCACCGCCGAUCGGCCACCGUCUAUUGCGUCGCAGUCUGGCAGCGGCAAAGGGGACGAGAGCACGUCCGCCGCCUCCACUGACCAACAGACCGAGUCCGACCAGCCGCAGCCACAAAGGGAAGCACCGGCUCAGUCGGUCUCGGUCACGCCGGCCAGUUCACUUCCGGGGCCGGGCGACGGCGUAGCCGAAGGGCCGAAGCAUCCCGUCAAACCGGUCAAAAAGCGCUCCAAGCUGUGCAUGCUGUUGUGACCCAAGUUCUACACCGAUUCCGCGGAUGACGCUGGCCAGCAGCCCGCAAGCGAUGCCGGAUCCGGUGCUUCAUCGUCUGGCAAGGAAAACUCCAUCUGAACCAGCCGCUCGAGCGCUGGCCAAACGGGAGCUACUUUCGUGUUAUAGCGAAGUGCAGCGGCUUUGCACGACCAUUCAAAGGAUGGCCCCCGCGGGGGUGUCCUUUGAAGGCCGUACGAUUGGUAACUUGGUUUAUUGGUAGCAGAUAGGCGUGUCGCUGUUGCCGGUGGCCGGACAGCAGAUUCUUAUGCGUGGACUCGCUGCACACCGCAGUGGAGCCACUACAGGCUGUUAGUGCAAAUAUUUGUCCCCAGUCCACUAUUAUUCCGGGACGUGACAGUAGGCGCCCCACAUAACCCAUAUGCUCAAAGUCGUUGACAAAAUUAUAGUAACUUGUGCAAAAAGAAUGAGAAUGGCGCGCUCAGAAAAUCAAAACUGGAAAAAGCAAAAUCGAAAAGACGAGGAAAACGGUCAAUUUAGAAAACUCACCAAACAUUCACACGACCGCCGGCCCCCCCGGGUGUGUCGGUGCGUGUCUUAUACCAUUUUCGGUUUUGUUGAUGCAUUUAAGCAUACGGUGAAGAGAACUAACCAAAAAAGACAAACUACACAAACUGUGUAUAGGUGUGUACGUGUGUGUGUGUGUGUGUAUGUUCGUACCGUAUGUGUGCAUAAAUGUUACGAUAAGGACAGUCUGGAAGCCAGAAGGCAAUAAUGCACGGCAAAUAUCCUAGUCAUUAGGGGUUCGAGAGAUUAGAGGGCGCCGAGUUUUUGUCGGCGUUUGUUAGCUGGUUCGUUGUUGAUACUUCAUUGUGCUUUUUUCUCUCCAGAAAUUGCAGUGAAUGCACUUACCAGAUGUAGAGGUGCACAGCCAGAGGGAAUGCUGGGAAGCGUUAGACAUAGGAGACAUUAAUCGUUAAGCAGCGUGUUAGACAGCGUGUAGCGGAUAGGUGUUAGUUCGACUAGAAACCAAAGCAACAAAUAUUAAGUGUGUUAAAGGGCGCCCCCGUUUCCGGUCCAAACUCCAACAGAGUGCGCCAGAGCGAGCCACUUGGAGAAAAGCAAAAUGGAGACAGCGGGCCGUCGGCAGACGGAGGCCAACGUGUGUAGGCAAGGAAUCCUAUCUGUUCAUGCAACCCAGAAGCAUAGCGAAAAAGGGUUUGCCAUGUGCGUGGCAUUCAUUGUAGGGCGCAGGACGACGGCCAUAGAGGUUCAUUUAGUUUUUAUCGUUGUUGUUAGGGUGUAGGAAUUAAAAACAAAUGCAGCGAGUGUGUAGCGAUGAGGGAGCGAGAGGAAAGGCAGAAUACCGAUGCAAUGUUGCUACCGUCCUUUAGCACUACGAAACCUACCGGAUCUACUACUUUCUUUCCGACGCUGGAGAGUUUUUGCACUUUCUUCUCUGGAGACUGGGGUUUUCAAAGAUUAUCUCGGUCUCGUAGCUCGCUUGGGGUUGUGUUUUGUGUACAUUCGUUGUCUGCUCACUUUCAGCGUCGUGUUUACAACGCGAUUGUUCACCUUUCCCGUACGCUGCAUCUUUGGUGGUGCAACUACACGAUUUGGUGUCUUCGUGC